CCCGAAUAACUACCAAAAUUGAUAUUUGUAUAUUAGCUUAACGCAUCGCUGGCCCAAAAUUUCGUACAGAAAAAAAAAAAAAAACGCAUCAGCAUCAAAUCUGGAACACACCCAUUCCGGUCAUUCACCAUUGACAUUACAACCAUCAUUUCGCCUCCUUUCCGGUCACACCACUACUCAUUAAUCAAUAACCCUUCAUGGACACAGAACACGUACAGCCGCAAGGGUUGCCGACGGCGCCGCAGCGCCGAAUCUCGUUCAAUGUGAGCAAUCACUACCAGGUGAUCGAGAUAGUGGGCGAGGGAGCCUACGGAGUAGUUUGCUCAGCCAUCCAUUUGCCGUCCCAAACAAAGGUUGCCAUAAAGAAGAUCCAGCCAUUCGAGCGGUCGAUGCUCUGCCUUCGGACGCUACGCGAGCUCAAGCUCUUGAACCACUUCCAGCACGAAAAUAUCAUCUCAAUCUUGGACAUCCAGCGGCCAAAUGACUAUGCCUCGUUCAACGAAAUCUAUCUCAUCCAGGAGUUAAUGGAGACGGAUCUCCAUCGUGUGAUCCACACGCAAAAGUUGAGCGACGACCACUGCCAGUACUUCAUCUACCAGACAUUGCGUGCAUUGAAGGCAUUGCACAGCGCAAACGUGCUUCAUCGCGAUCUCAAGCCGUCGAACUUGUUGCUUAACGCAAACUGCGACUUGAAGAUCUGCGAUUUUGGCCUCGCCCGCUCCGUAGCCUCCCAAGAGGACAACUUCGGCUUUAUGACCGAAUACGUCGCCACGCGCUGGUACCGCGCGCCUGAAAUCAUGUUGACCUUCCAGGAGUACACCACCGCCAUUGAUGUGUGGUCGGUGGGGUGCAUCUUGGCUGAGAUGUUACUGGGAAAACCGUUGUUCCCCGGCCGCGACUACCACAACCAGCUCUGGCUUAUCAUGGACGUCUUGGGCACUCCCACCAGCGAGGAUUACUACAAUAUCAAGUCCAAGCGCGCGCGUGAGUACAUCCGCUCCUUACCCUUCCGCAAGAAGGCCGCGCUCGAUAAGUUGUUCGUCGAGGGCACCAAUCCGCUCGCCAUCGACUUACUCGAGAAGUUGUUGUCUUUCAAUCCCCAAAAACGUAUCACCGUGAGCGAAGCCCUAAAUCAUCCGUAUUUAGCACUCUACCACGACGCCGAAGAUGAGCCGGAUGCCGAGCCUAUUCCGAACGACUUUUUCGAUUUUGACAAGCACAAGGACGACUUGAGCGUGGAGGAGUUGAAGCGCAUGUUGUUUGAGGAAGUGAUGAAGCCGUUGGGGCACUAACAUUACAUUGCUUUAAUUCAGCCUGGCAGUCUGGGCGAAAUUUUAACUAAUACCAUCUGUCAUACUUCAUUUCUGUCAUGUGUUACGGGGCCUGGCCGAUAUCGUAUAAGGUGGGGAAUUUGACACUGAGUGAUCGUGUAUAAAUUCGUAAGCUAACACGGUCUAAAAGUUAUAAAUUCUAGAACGAAUCUUUGGAACGAAAAGCUCAUUAUGCGUGGGGAAACGCAA